AUGCCUGUCAACAAUAAGCGCUUAUCGUUCGCCAACUUUCCUAUUCCAUUCGACCACCCAUAUACCCUUCCAACUCUCAUUGUCGCCGUCACCGCGUCAUCUCUGGUCUAUUACUAUCUCCAAAGUUCACACAAAGCCGAUCUCAUCGAGGCUGUUCGCCUUCGAGACAUUAAGAAACGUCGUCAUUUGAAACGUGCAGACCAACGUUAUGCAAGUUUAAAGGUGGAGGGAAGGUUUGUCAACCCCUUUGGUGAAUGGCGUGAAGUACAAUGGUGGGAAACUGCUCUUUUUUGGCUCUUUCGUUACAAAGGAAACGGUGUACCCAAGUCUGAAAAGGAACUCGAUGAAACGUUACCCGUGGUCAAGCCAUCCUUUGACAUUAUGUUUCCUUCAGCAAAAUUGACAGAGUCUUGGGUGGAUGUCAAUCGAGUAAGCGACUCAUCACGAUCAUCAAUGCCACCGGUUGCAUUUACAUGGCUCGGACAAUCCACAUGCUUAAUACGUGUCGAGAAUUUGACUAUCCUCACGGAUCCGGUGUUUACACAGUGCACAAUCAACGAUCAUCUUGGUCCAAAACGCUUACGGCCCAUCCCUUGUACAUUGGAAGAGGUUCAACCAUACUUGGAUAUUGUAUUGGUGUCACACGACCACUUUGAUCACUUAGAUCAACAAGUAGUAACGAAGCUAGGGAAUUCAGUGACAUGGUAUGUCCCCCUUGGAUUACGGCAAUGGUUUGUCAAGCGAGGAAUCGAAAAUGUCAUUGAGCUGGAUUGGUGGCAGGAAGUACAUCACAAUGGGGACCAUGAUACAAUGAUUGCAUGUGUACCGGCUAUGCAUUGGAGCGGGCACAGGACAUUGUUUGACAAGAAUGCUACAUUGUGGGGCAGCUUUGUAGUGAAGACCAAAUCCCACUCCAUCUUUUUCUGUGGGGAUACUGGGUAUUCACCGGAACUAUACAAGGCUAUUGGCGAACGAUAUGCUCCUUUUAGUUUGGCGGCCAUGCCGAUUGGAAGCUUUAAGCCUCAAGUGUUGAUGGAGCAUUUGCAUAUGGGUCCAAGUGAUGCUGUCAAGGUACAUUAUGAUAUUGGCCGACCAAGGAUAUCGGUGGGAAUCCAUUGGGGAACAUUUAUGAUGUCGGAUGAGCAUUAUUUGGAACCUGUCAAGCAGCUGAAGGAAGCAUGGAAACAAAUUGGAAUUGAAAAGGCAUCGAUUGUUGGUCAAGAGGACACACGCUUUAUUACCACGUCGAUUGGUGAGACGAUAUGUAUUGAUUAG